UCCCCCUACUACCGUCGGGAUCCAUAGAUCCCCGGUGAGGUGGACCGAUCAGCAUCGAUCUUUAUCUUUAGUUGGCGCGAUCUUCCGAGGCUCGACGUUUUUUAAGGAAAAUCGUUUUCCGACAACGUAACCGAAGUGAGAUUAUCGAUGGUAGUUGUUUGAUAACUUGAUAACUUUUUAGAGGAAUCGUUGCUACGAUUUUAGUAUUCGGGCAAAUUCUCGUAAUCUUAAAACAUUUAAUCAAAUACAUACGCGUAGAGAUACUAGAACUUUUAUUAUCUGGUUGCAAGGUAUCAAUCACAGAGCUUACAGCCGCUGCCUGAGUGCAGACAACCCAAUCUACUGCGGAGUCGGGCCAUGCAUCAGUGGGACGAGCGGAGUCGAAGUCAGACCAAUCUCAAUGCUAGCAAUCUCAUGUAAAUUGAGUAUAAGUAUGGAGAAUUGAUAUUAAAAGUCAAAUCAGUCGAUUUAAUUCAUCAGUAACAAGAUCUCAUCCCAUAAAUGUAUAUAUAAAUUCAACGUUAUCUAAUUAUAAGUUUAGAGAGGUUGCAUAAGAAUUUUAGUCGAGCUUAUACCUAUUCGCGUUUCACAACGUUCUAACAGCAAAGUUGAGAAGAGUUGCACUGCAACUUAGAAAGUAAGAUGUUAUUAACCUCGUGUUUAAGUUAUUGAAUUAGAUAGGUACAUUUACAUCCUUUUAAAUCAACGAUUAUUCCCGAACAGAUAGGAAAAUUACAUAAUAAUAAUUAUCGUCACUGCCGCGUGAUAUAAAUUUAACAUUGUUGAAAGAUCCUUCUGCAAAUAAUGCGACUGGUUAAUUUGCAAUGAGGACGAAUCGAGGAUCGCUGCGACUGUGUUAAGCAAAUCAGUCAGACGAAACCCACGCGUAGUAAAAGGAUUAUUAAAACAGAAUUCGACGCCAGAAGUACAUUGUAAAUAUUGAAUGACAGAAAUUGUGUAUACGUAAUCCUCGCUUUUUCCUGCGAGAAGGGACAGCUUCCUUUCCCUUCACGUCUUGGUCAAACCUCGUCUAACAGCGUAGAUUAGAUAGAUGUAAGUGUCUGUACGUGAGCGUUAGGUUCAUCGUGUCAAGGACUUCGAUUACGUACAGUUCAAUUCCCACGGAAUUGCGAGUGCAAUUACUGUUCGACGGUGUUCGAUCUGUCGCUCGGACAGGUGACCGUUUUUGUUCCCCUGCGUAAAUCGGGGCAAAAAUAUAGGCAGAGUUCGAAAAACCAGGCGAAGGGUUGAAAAUUAUUCCGAAGGCAGAGACAGUGGAAGCUACCGGUCCCGAAAUAUUGUAAACUUUCUCGGGUUGGGUUAUGUAAAGGCACUCGGACUGGGCCCCGCGCGACGGUAUAAAGGUCGCCGGUGCCCCCAACGAUUCAAGAGUUGCUCGGGAACUUCACGCAAGAGACGAUCCAGGGAUCUACAUGUCGAUCUUCCUCAUCUUCGUCUGAUACCCACUGACGCAGCCUCGUGUCUCAUUCUUCUGUUUUCUUCUGCCAACUUUCUCGACGACCACGUGUUACUCGAACGUUUCGACAAUAUGCGUUACCUGGUACUCCUCGCAGUGGUAGCGAUCGCUAAUUGUCAGGAAUACUUUCGCCAGCCGGAGAAGAUCGUGAGCGAGGCUCGAAAUUUGGGCGAUAACCGCGGCCAUUACUCGUUCACGUAUGAAACGGAGGGUGGAAUAGUUCAACGGGAAACCGGAAGUAGAAAGUACGCCGGCACUCCGUCGGAGACUCAAUUGAUUCAAGGUUCCGUUCAGUACAACGCUCCGGACGGCACUCCGAUCGCCAUUAGUUGGACGGCGGACGAGUUCGGAGCUCAAGUGGCCGGCACUCACAUACCCACGCCACCGCCGAUCCCGCCGGCGAUCCAGAGGGCCCUGGACUGGAUCGCCAAGCAACCCUCCACCCCCGAACCCGAGGAAGAGAAGAGAGACGAACUGCCGAGGCAACAGAACGCGAUCCCAGCCGCCAGCACCCACAGACAACUGAAGCCAAGACAGAGGAACUGAUACUCCAAUCUCGAAUCCGUUUUUUACAAGAACGUUCAUCCUUGCGCCAGAUUUACUAAACACGAUGCAAUUUAACGCCGAUCGAUCGAACAAGAUGUAUCUAAUUGAAAUUUUGUGAUAUUUGUUUAAGACAAUUUUUCUUAAUUAUGUAAUUAUUAUUAAAUUUAUCGAACAUCGUAAUAAUGAUCUAUCGAAAUAUCGGAAAACCGUCCUAUCAAUUCUGUCUGGCAUAAGGAUUAAAGUAAAGGUCUUAGUAGUUUGUAACGUACUUAGUUUGAGUUCUUAACAAUUUAUACUCUAGUUUUUUCUACACUUGGAUCGUUAAACAAAGUAAAUGAAAAUUAAGCGAUUAGUAAAGAAUAAAACGAUCUCACGAAUAAAAAUAGUGUACGUACCUUUAUUAAAAU